UUUUCGGUCAAGAUUUGAGCGCCUGGAAGAAAACUUUCCUCGGUCAAACGACAAAUUAUACAGUGGAAAGUGAAGCACUGAAAUGAGUUAGAUUUUGACAACGAAUGUUAUAAUUCCAGGGAUCAAAAUGCUGGGAAACUAUUACUUUGCAAUUGUCGGACACCGCGAUAAUCCAGUGUUUGAAAUGGAAUUCAAUACACCAACGAAAUCUAUGGAUUCGUCUCAGGGCCGCGAAAGCUAUAAGAGAGAUGAUCACAGACACCUCAAUCAGUUUAUCGCACAUGCUGCACUGGAUCUUGUUGAUGAAUCUAUGUGGUCCACUACAGGAAUCUUGGAUUUUGGAUACAACUGUAGAUUUAUGAUGCUUCAUGAUGUGAGAAAUGAUGAUGGAAUAAAGAAUUUCUUUUCUGAUGUCUAUGAAACAUACAUCAAGGUUAUUAUGAAUCCAUUUUAUGACAUGAACAAAAAGAUUGAAUCACCCAACUUUGAAAGGAAAGUAACUGUUGCUGCUAAGAAACAUCUCCUAGGAUAGCAUAUGACCUUAGGAAAAAUGAAGAGCAAUAAGCAAAUAAAUGAAUUUAUUUACAGUUGUAUAAAUAGGAAUGGAUUGUAGUGCCUGGCUAGUUUAUGCAUUUUUUUUUGUUAUCCACACAUGGGUUUAUCAUCUCGUCACAACUUCAACAAAAUCUAGUCUCAUGUCAGUUUUAAUUAACAUCAAAGGCACCAUGACUAUGAGCAAGAAACAUUUCAAAAUGUUGGAAUAUAAAUUAGUCUUUCUUUCCAAGAAUUAGUGAAGUUGUGUCCCUAAAGUAUAUGUUGUAUUGGUGUAAGGAGUUGAUUCAGUCUAUUAUAUCACAAAUGCGCAGUCCCACAUCUUAGAGAAGUUGUUUGGUGAUGCCAAGCUUGUUCCCAGGGUCUAUCUUUUCAUCUCUUAUUCACUUAAGGAAUUUUAUGGCUUUUACUUCUUUAUAUCACUCUCCAUUAUUGUUUUAGUUUGCUUGAAAAGCAGUCCUUCCACCCUAUUCUUAAAAUUUUUGUUUUCCCACCUUUUGUGAAACCUUGAAUUGUUCGAUUUUCUUAAACAUAAUCAGGAGAGAUGAGUAAUAAAAACAACUAAUUAAAAUAAAAACGCUGUGGCAGUUCAUGUUGGGAA